GAAAGUUAAAGACACAUUUUCUACACGCCUCCGUUGACUGACUGCACUUCUUCCUCAACCACCACCAGCUCGACAUCUGCGCCACUGGUCCGCUGGAUCACCAACCGCAGAAUUACUGCGCAACUGUAACGCACUGCCGCUUACUAUUUGCCUUGGGCAUUUACCAUUUUUAAAUCAUUUUUGUUUUAUUCAGUUCGGACGACUUCAUAUACUGACAAUCCUGAUGUGGAUAAAGUUACAGUCGCUCUACUGUUUAUAUUUUAUGCGUAAAGACGCGACCACUGAUUUAUUCCUGUUUUGAGAAAGAAAUAUUUAAGUUUAAUUUUAAUUAAAUCGCGGAGGACGCUUCUCGCACCACCAUGUCAGAGGACGACAGUAGCUCCACCACCAGCUAUAUGUCUGAAACAGAAGGCAGCAACGUCAGCGUCCUCAACUGGGAGCAAGUGCAGCGGCUGGACGCCAUACUGACGGAGACCAUCCCGAUCCACGGCCGAGGAAACUUCCCCACGCUGGAGAUGCAGCCCCGACAGAUCGUUAAAGUGGUGCGGAGUCGGAUGGAGGAGAAACAGAUCCACGUCCGGGACGUUCGGUUAAACGGCUCCGCAGCCAGCCACAUUCUGCAUGAGGAUAGCGGACUGGGCUAUAAGGACCUAGAUCUGAUAUUUUGCGCAGAUAUGAAAGGUGAAAGCGAUUUCCAGACUGUGAAGGACAUAGUUUUGGACUGUCUCCUGGAUUUUUUACCCGACUGUGUGAAUAAAGAGAAAAUUACGCCGUUAACGCUAAAGGAAGCCUAUGUGCAGAAGAUGGUGAAGGUGUGUAACGACUCAGACCGCUGGAGCCUCAUCUCCCUCUCCAAUAACCGGGGAAAGAAUGUGGAGCUGAAGUUUGUGGACUCUCUUCGAAGGCAGUUUGAGUUCAGUGUGGACUCCUUUCAGAUCAAACUGGACUCCCUGCUCCUGUUCUACGAGUGCUCAGAGAACCCCAUGGCCGAGACCUUCCACCCCACCAUCGUGGGUGAGAGUGUGUACGGGGAUUUCAUUGAGGCCCUGGACCACCUACGUCACAAAGUCAUCUGCACCCGGAAUCCAGAGGAGAUCCGAGGCGGCGGCCUGCUGAAAUACUGUCACUUGCUGGUGAGAGGUUUCCGGGCCGCCUCAGAGUCUGAGAUGAAGUCCCUGCAGCGCUACAUGUGCUCACGUUUCUUCAUUGACUUCCCUGAUAUUGGUGAGCAGCAGCGCAAGCUGGAGUCCUACCUUCAAAACCACUUUGUGGGCCUGGAGGACCGCAAGUAUGACUACCUGAUGACCCUCCACGGGGUGGUCAACGAGAGCACGGUGUGUCUGAUGGGACACGAGAGGCGGCAGACCUUAGGGCUCAUCGCCAUGCUGGCAGUGCGUGUGCUUGCAGAGCAGAACGUCAUCCCCAACGUGGCUAAUGUUACUUGUUACUACCAACCUGCUCCUUAUGUGGCAGACGGCAACUUCAGUAACUACUACAUAGCACAGGUACAGCCGGUGUUUGCUUGCCAGCCGCCUGCAUACUCCACCUGGCUGCCUUGUAACUGAGUCAGCCCCGAGGAGAGGAGGAGGGAGAGAGUGUGAUUUGUUUAAACGGGAGAGAGCGGCAUAGUCACCCCCUCCAAACUGCCCAGUGUUUGACAGCUGACAGAAAAAAGGAGUCUUCUUUUUAAUGUUUUGCAUCAAAGCUUAUGUUUUUGUUCAUACGUUGAGUAUGAAUGAUAAAUAGCGAACAGUUGGCUUUCAGUACGUAUUUCAAUGUGAAUAUCUCACAUUUUUUUUGAAAUGCCAACCCCACCUGAUCCUGCCCAGGCCAACCAGGUUUGGAAAAGACUAAUUUAUGACUCGGUGCAGAUGUGUGACGUCCACGAAUGCAAGCGGCAGAGCUGUCACCCAAACUGCACCAGACUGAUUGAAUCUGUCAAGAACUGAUUAGCCAGCACGUUCCAACAGCAGAGCGAACGGCUGCAUCAGUGCCCUGAAGUUGACAGCUACUCCAGCACAACUUUCAGGGGUGCCCACACACACACACACACACACAUACACACACACACACACACUGUAGACUCUGCUUUAUGUCAGCUGAACUGAGGUGGGAUGCUGUUUAACUAGCUUGGAUAACAAACCGGCAUCUCCACCUUGCAUUUGGAUAUAAUUCUGGUUGUUUACAGACCAAAGAUUUUUGAUUGUUUCUAACGUUACAACCCAGUUUUUAUGGGGGAAAAUAAACAAAAUAUGAAGCUCUAUCUAUUUGUAUAUGUGAACAUGUGUUUUAAGUGCCUAUUGCCUCCUAGCAGGCAGAGAAAACAAUGAGCAGGCCAUAUGAUUUUGUGAAUUCGCCCCACUCUGUUAAAUAGUCAGGCACACAAGACAAUAGCACCCCAGAGGCUUGUGAAUGUAUAUGUGAAAUCAUGCACAGUCAGUGUUUGUGUACAUUUGGAUGAAAAGAGCAGCAUUUGUUAGUGUGCGGAUUAAAUUGGAAGCUGUGGAUUUUUUUUGCAGUAAAGUAGCAGUCACAUGACAUGGUUGUCGUGAGAGUUUCCUCCAGGAUACACAGAAGCUCUGCUCAUCUGAGUGAUGCUUGUCAAACCGCACAUGCUGUAUCGCAUGUCCCAAAUGAAUACUGGUUGACUAGCAUUUUCAUAUGAUUUCCUGUAUAUUUUGUACAGUGGUGCUUCUCUUUUUCUCAUCUGAGAGAAAGAAAAAAAAACAAGUUCACUAGAAGUAGAUAAGAGACAGAGAGAGGAAAGACUGCAUUCUGAGAGAGUCUUACACAGAGCUGGUGUGUGUGUGUGUGUGUGUGUGUGUGUGUCCCUAUGCUUCCUCCUUGAAGGAUAUUUGCAGAGACACCUCAGAUGAUGAGACACUAUUUGCUGUAGCACCCUGACAGGGAAUUCCUCAGUUACUGCUGAAGAGCUUGAACUCAGCUGGGGUUGGGUCUGCAGUCACUCUAUUCAGGGUUCAGAAAAUGUUGUGCCAAACAUUUUAGUGGCCCGUCGAUAGCUCUUAGGUUUAAUGAGGCCAUUUGGUGUUGUAAGGAAAAAGAUGCUGUGUUGAUGUAGACAGCAGAAAGAGGAGACAGAGGAGAGUGAAAAAAAAAAAAAAAAAAAAAAAAGAGGUGGGGGAGGAAAGGAAAUGUAGUGGUUAAAAAGGCGGAAGGGAGAGGGAGUCGGUCUGGAGAGAUGGGUGCAGCUGGUGAUGGGGUUUUAUCUCUGUAGGGCUACCAUGUAUUACUGUACAAACUGUCUUUGUUAAGGUCAAAUUACAACUUAAUGGACAGUGCUGCAGCUCUUCUCUUAUUCUUUUAGGAAGACCAAAACAUUCUGUUACCAGCUACUUUUGUUUUAAUCACCUUGGUUGUUGUUAAAAAUACACAUUUUAAAAGCAAGGAAACAGAAGAAGAAAAAUCGCAUGA